AUGCCCGUGUCUUCAAGCUCUAUAGUAGACGCGGAAAGAGAACAAAUAUGCGCCUGGCCACCCUCUCAUCUCUUAGCUCCAGAUAAAGGUAACUCCCACCCUGAUGCCCGUGGCUUGCAAAACUCAGAAAUAUCGAAACUCCUAAAGCGUAAUCUCGAGGUUCCUGCAAGACAAUACAGUCUCCUAAAGUCUGAAUAUCUCUUAUCUCUCUUCCAUGCCUCAAAAGUUCCUCGUGAGAGAUACGCUUUAAGUAAGCUGCCUCUGCGAUGCAGAAUGGGCUUCAAAUUCACUAUAUGGUGGCAUGUGAAGGCACUAAGAAAUCCUCCGAGCUAA